GGAGGAAAGAACCGCAGGCGUGGAAAGAACGAGUCUGACCACGAGAAGCGUGAGCUCACCUUCAAGGAGGAUGGCCAAGAAUACGCCCAAGUCGUAAAGAUGCUCGGCAACGGCCGCCUCGAAGCCCAGUGCUUCGACGGCGUCAAGCGCCUCGCCAACAUCCGCGGCAAGCUCCGCAAGAAGGUCUGGAUCAACCAGGGCGACAUCAUCCUCCUCUCCCUGCGCGAGUACCAGGACGACAAGGGCGACGUCAUCCUCAAAUACACCGCCGACGAGGCCCGCUCCCUCAAGGCCUACGGCGAGCUCCCCGAGUCCGCCAAGAUCAACGAGACGGAUACCUACGGCGCCGAGGGCGACGGCGACUGCAACUUUGAGUUCGACGACGACCGCGACUCGGAGGAGAGCGAGGACGAGGGCGCCGCUGGUGGUGCCGGCAAGAAGGAGGUUGAUAUUGAUGACAUCUAA